AAUUUCAAUGAGAAAGUUCAUUAAAGAGAUUUCAAGGAAGUAGAAAAGUAAGCCUCUUGGACAACCCAUUAAUUUAAUCUAUCCUCCUCCAUAGUUUUUUUAUUCAAACACAACGUUAGAUCAAUGGUUUCAAGUCUGUCAGCAAUCUAACACCUCCCUCCUCCUUCCCCAACUCCUCCUCCCCCCCCCCCCCUCAAACAGAAAAAAAAAAAGCAACGUUUUUCUCACAGUAGCAUUGUUUUCUUUUGCGAGGGUAUAAUGUAAUUUUUAUUUGCGGAAACGACGACGCCGUACCUAAAUCCAUGGAAGUGAUUUCAGAGCAAGCAGUUUUCAAGAAUUCAUGGGAGGAAAGUAGGCUCUUGGCGAAACAGGAUAUUACACUGCUUUCCUUGUUGCCAUUGAUGAAGUGUGUGGAAGAAGUAAUCAUGUUCCCGUUAAACAUACUCAAGGAGGCUCCCAUAGGAAAGGUAGUUAGCAUGGGAAGAAGGAUGAAGGAGAUGGUAAUGGGAUCCUUUUCCAGCUUCAUUUCGAACUUCUAUAAGAGCAAAACCUUAAAAUUUGCUCAAGAAGCUCAGAUGUCGGACACAAAAUCAACAAAGCAAGAGAAAAGCAGAGGAUGGGUUUUCCUUGUGCUGUUUCUGGUGCUCACCACUGGACCAAAAGGUGUCAGAUGUGAAGAUAUUGGUAACCCUCUAAGAGGAGGUCCAAGGCAUCUAGCUGCUGCAAUCGAUUACAAGGUUUUGUCACAUGGGUACCCUCGAUCAAAUACCUCAGGGCGUGAGAAAGUGAAUCCUUAUGAGAGACCACAUAACCCUGAGGAUCAUUAUCGUCAAGGUAACACAGGAAAGCACUAGUAGUGACUGUAGUGGCAAAUAAACCAAUUACUAUACAUAUAAUUGUUUAUGUUUGGAAACAAAUCUUGUGGCCUUAACUUUUGAGCAUUGGUGGAAGCGUGACUAGAGGCUAAAUAUUAUUUGAUAAAAGCAUAACUCCCUGCAUCUAGUCCUUCUGAGUAUCUGUGGCUGCUUCAUUUUAGCUUUAUUUUUGAGAUGUUCUAUUCAUUAGUUUUGUUAAAAACAAUUAUUAACUGCAUAAGGCCUUUCUUUAAAUCGAGUGAUUCUUUUUCUUUCUAAAAA